UAUGUCGUAUAAUUAGCGAGUAAUUAACUAAUUACCGAUCUAAGAUCGAUAAGUCUUCGGUCUCCGACCGAUAUUCUCGUUUUUUCCUGCUGAUUUCACAAAUUUGAAAAAUUCAAAAUUUUGGUCUUGAUACCCAGGCAUCAAAAUAAUGCUCAAAAAAACAUAUUUUGAUUAAAAAUAUUCUGAAAUCAAAAUUUUACUAUAUUGAAUAUAGUUUAAUUCAAAUGCAUAUGUAUAUAUAAGAAUUUUCGAUUCCUUCUGGCUAUCCCCACAAAUGAUUGUAAAUAAUUGUUUGACUCUUAUAUAAAUUUAUUUCUACUGAUUGUACCAACAGUACAGCGUGUUUACAACAUUGAGAUAAUACCUAUAUUCUGAACAGUCAACACUUUUUUCCACAUUUUUUUUUUUCGAAUAUGUUUCAAAAUAAGCAUGUUUUGAUGGAUUAUUUUAAUUUUGUAUAGAGUAAUAAUACAAUGUUAUGAUGCUUUUGACAACUGAAAUUUAGGUCUUUCUUAUUUCCCUUUUCUAUAAUAUGAAAGAUAUCGAGAAAAAUGUUUAUUUUGGACUGGAUUUAUUUGUAGGCUUUGUCAUGGAUACUGUUUAUAUUUUAUUAUGCCUUUUAUUUGGGCAUGGGGCAUUUCUACUUUUAAUAUGCUAUUCAUGACUAUUACUUGGCAAAAAUAUCUUAUGGUUUGAAAAUGGCUAUACUUUUAUGUUCCCAAACUUCUUUCAUUAUUGUCACAUAUUAUGUUUAUUCCAUCGUUAAAUAGUCAAAACAGAAGAAAAAUAAGUGACAGUUUUUCUUUGCAUAUUUAUAAAAAAAAGUUAUUAUUAGAAGUUGCGUAGGCUUGUCUUCAUUGGAGACAUUUUUCAUUAUUAAUAUUAUUAAUAUUACUUUUUGUAAAAUUGUAAUAAUUUUUAUUUAGGUGUAGUAAGUAAAAUAAUGUACAUACUAUAUACAGUAGGUUCUAUAGAACAUUAUAUUCAUAUUUACAAUUAGUGAAAUAAAAUUAAUUUAUCAAAUAUGGAUGGAAAUCAAGAAGAUGAUUCAUUGCAAAAUAAAUCAAAAUGGUUGGAUCAUUUUAAUUUUGAUUGGAUUAGCGUCAGUCCACUCUCAAUUCACAAGAGGUCUGGGCUAGAAAAAGAGUUUCAAAAAUUGGUUGAAAACAAAGAAAUUACAGUAACGAAACGAGAAGGACUCGUUGUUCCACCUCUUCAUCUUCCAGAUUAUGAUAGCAAUCCUCCGACAACGAAAGAGCAACAUCAUUAUAUAGAUAUGUUAAUGAAAAGCCAGCUUUCACUUGCACGAAAUGUUAGCAAUGAAUGCUUGUCAGAAUCGAAAUUACACAUGCGUCUCGCAAUAUUGCAAAGAAUUUAUUACGCCUACCACACAAAAUAUCAUGAUACAGAACCUAUGAAGAAGAAUUCAGAAGGAAAUGUUUUGGAAGCACAGUGUUCAACUAGUCAGACAAAAACUGAAGUUGUAUCAACCUCAUUGCAAAGAAAUCCAACAGAUAUUUUAAUUGAAUUGGGUGUAAGAAGUGGACUUCAACUCGUUUUCUCUCUUAUUCGAGUCAGCUGGAACCAACCUUUAUUGACGUCAUCACUAUGCAAUGAUACGUUAAGUACUGCCAUACAAAUUAUGUCGGAAUUGCCUCCGUUAACUCUAGCCAACUCUAACAAAAUACCUACUGUUGGUAUGGAUUGCCUAUCUGAGGUAUGCAAGUUCCUUAAACAUGCUUCAAUGCCAGAUUCUGGUGCUGAUCAGGAUUGCAGUAGGCUUGCUUGUGAACUUCUUUUAACGAUUGCAUAUCAACGUGGAUCACUUCCACAGUUACUUGAAUGGAUUGAAAUGGCUCUUAAUAUGUCAACCAUAAGAAGAAAGUCACAAGCUGAUCCUGCUGUCAUCUCUACACACUUAAUUCUAUCAAUACUGAAGAACAUAAAGAAAUCUGAGUGCUUCAAUCCCCAAACUUCUGAAUAUUCAACGGUGCAGUAGCUGAACUACCCCUCUAUGUGUUGCUCAAGUUACUUAAUGUAACACUGUAAAUCCAUGCCAAUAAUGUGCAUAUUGUAUGUGACACUACAGGAUGUGACACUACGGGACAUUUUCCCACUUCGGAACAGCGGCCUCGAUUAUCUCUUAAAAUUCUGGUUAUAAAUCUUUAAAUGGAUUAAGAAAUGUCCUACAGCACUGCAAACAUUUAAACUUUAUUAACUUAAAUUCAGUGCGUCUAUUUCAUAUGAAAUAACUGUAUCACACAUACAAACACUUUGUGUCACGAAUCAUCACCAAAUAUG